AAUUUUGUUCUAUUUUAUUAAAUAAGAACUAAAAACAAUUUUUUUGGAAUAAAAAUUUAAUAAUAAAAGCAAUAUACCCAAAAAAAAAUUAAUAAAGCAUUUAAAGAUUUUUUCAUAGCUUAAGCAUAAAUUUUUUGUAAAAACUAAAACUAUGGCUCUCAACGGUUGGUUGGAUUUUUUUCAAAAAGGAAAGACUUUUAGACCGAAAAAGCGAUUUUCAAGCGGAACAAUUCGGUAUUCAUUGCAUAAGCAAGCACAGGCAAGCUUACAAUCUGGCAUAAAUUUGAGACAAGUAGUCAAAUUGCCAGCCGGGGAAAACUUAAAUGAUUGGUUGGCUGUGCAUGUUGUUGAUUUUUUCAAUCGUAUUAAUUUGAUUUAUGGGACAAUAUCGGAGUUUUGUAAUGAAACUACUUGCCCCACAAUGUCUGGGGGGUCUCGUUAUGAAUAUUUAUGGGCGGAUGGUGAUAAUUAUAAAAAGCCGACAGCUCUACCGGCUCCUCGUUAUAUCGAAUUAUUGAUGGACUGGAUUGAAUCACAAAUUAAUAAUGAAAGUAUUUUUCCUGUAUCAACAGAUGUUCCUUUUCCAAAAUCUUUUGCACCUUUAUGCAGAAAAAUAUUAACACGUCUCUUUAGAGUGUUCGUACAUGUUUAUAUUCAUCACUUUGAUAGGAUUGUCAGUAUUGGAGCUGAAGCUCACGUAAAUAUGUGCUAUAAACAUUUUUACUACUUUGUUCAAGAAUUUGAGCUGAUAUCCAGUAAAGAAUUAGAGCCACUAGCUGUAAUGACAUCGAAACUAUGUAAAGAUUGUGACUAAUUUUAAGAUAAGAGAUCGAAUACUUACAAGGAUUAUUCCCUAGCAUUUACGAACACCACUCUUUAAUAGUUUUAUUCCAUAAGAUUGUUUAGCGUUGUUUUAAUUGAUUUUAUCUAUUUUUGUGUAUAUACGUAGAUAUAUAAGUACAUAUAUUAAAUAAUAUUUAUUUGAAUAGUUAAAAUAAAUAGGAUUUUUAAAGUAAA